GCUGUGGGAUGUAGUGGUUCCAAAUGUCAUGCAUCACGGCAGCGCUUACAAUUAAAUUGCAGAGUUCCUGGGCACCCAAGAACCAUUACAUCUGGAAGAUGAUGACGACGAUGAUGAUGAAAAACUGAUGAUGAUGAUGAAAAACGUAGAAAUCCUACUAGUGCUAUUAAUUACAAAAUAAAAUCACUACUUUCCUGCGCAACAAGAAAGUACUAUUAGAGAUGGAGCAUGGAUGCCUUUCUACCAGGUUGGUAAGGGCAAUCAAAGGGUAAUUCUAAUGAAGUCGAAAUUUGUCUACGUUUCAAUUUACUGAAAAAAACAAAAAAUCCAGAAUCUAGGAGUAGGUUUCUUGUACAUAACUAGGGUCUUGAACGAAAUUAACCUACUCCAGGAGGUGCUCUUACGCGGUAUUUACAUCAACAUGUAGAGCCGUAGACAACAACUCCACUGUUUGAUCAUUGAUGACUAUAUAAGGCAUAGAAUCAUAUACUUUCUAAACGAUUGCUUAACUCCAACAAGGUAUCUCUAUCACCCAAAAGUUAUUUUCUUCUAUACAUACUUGCAGUAUAUAUAAGUUGGUUAAGAAGUUCAUAAUUGUGCAAAUUGUAUACCUACCUUCUUCUUCCUCCUCCCAUUACAUCAACAUAUUCAAGACUCAAGAGCCUUUAAAAAUGAUGAUCGGAAUGACCGAUAUAUACAAGGUUGUAGUUGCGAUGACACCCUUAUAUGUCGCAUUAGUUCUAGGCUAUGGUUCAGUGAAGUGGUGGAAGAUAUUUACUCGAGAACAAUGCGACGCGAUUAAUAAAUUCGUUUGUUACUUUACUCUACCACUCUUCACUUUCGAGUUCAGUUCUCAUGUCGAUCCAUUCGAAUGGAAUUACAAAUUCAUAGCAGCUGAUGGGAUAUCCAAAGUCAUUAUUGUCAUUGUUUUAGUUGCAUGGGCUAAGGGGAGUAGUAAUGGAUGUUUUACUUGGUUAAUAACAAGUUUUUCAUUAUCAACGUUAACUAAUUCUUUGGUUGUAGGAGUACCUAUGUUAAGAGCCAUGUAUGGUGACCGUGGAGUUAAUCUUGUUGUUCAAAGUUCUGUCUUUCAAGGGAUUGUUUGGUUAUCUAUUCUUUUGUUCGUUUUAGAGUUCCGCAAGGCGAAUGAUUCUUCGAGUGUAGAUGUUGAGUCUCAUAUGGUAAAAGAUUUAGAAGGAAAUGACAAAAUGGUUUCAGUCACUACAAUUACUAGACCUUCAUUUUGUUCCAUGAUGAAGAUUGUUUGGGUUAAGCUUAUUGUUAAUCCUAAUGUUUAUGCUAGUGUCAUUGGCAUCAUUUGGGCUUUUAUCUCUAAUAGAUGGCAUGUCGAGAUGCCGGAAAUCAUCGACGGGUCGGUAUUGAUUAUGUCGAAAGCAGGAAUCGGCUCAGCUAUGUUCAGUAUGGGUCUUUUUACUGCACAACAAGAGAAACUUCUGGCAUGUGGAACGAGCUUAACGUUAUUCGGUGUGGUUUUAAAGUUUAUUGCAGGACCAGCUGCUAUGGCUAUAGGAUGCAUAGCGGUUGGCCUGCAUGGUGAUGUUUUGCGUGUAGCAAUUAUACAAGCAGCAUUACCACAAUCAAUCACAUCGUUCAUCUACGCGAAAGAGUAUGGAUUGCAUGCUGACGUGCUUAGCACUGCGGUGAUAUUUGGAAUGAUCGUUUCCCUGCCAGUCUUAAUUGUCUACUUCAUAGCUCUCGGUUUUUUGAAUUGACAAAUUUUCUUUUCUCUUGUUACUGGAGGUUUAACCAUUUCCAAUAUUGGUGUUGAGAUGUAAUAUAUAUGUCAUAUUAAUAAUCAUACAUCAAAUGUAACGUGGGCAGUAAAACACCCAAUGUUUGUGCUUAUUCACAUCAACUUAAAGCUUAAAUUAACAUUUAGCAAUUGUUUAC